UCGGGCCGGGAGAGAGCUCCGUUACUCCGUCUCUUUCUCCGAAAAGGAAGUCACCACCUCUGCCCAGACUCCAGAAGGCUCUCCUCUGCUGCCACGAGAUUUUAACUCACCAGGAACUCCUGGUCAGGGGAGUCCGAAAGAAAGAGCAGCAGAGCCGAAAGUCAGGACGGCUCAUUUUCUUUUUCUUUCCUUCCUGUCCUUUUUUUUUUUUUUUUUUAAACAUCUGGGAAAGUUCCCAUUUUUUUAUUUAUUUGUUGAGAACGUGUUUAUGUGCUUCCUUAGCCUUCCUCUCGUGUGUAUGCGCUUCUGUUUUGGAAAGACUGCAGUUUUGACAGGGGACGUUGGACCUGACCAGCUCAAAAAGAACCCGCACGCAGUCAUUUCAGAGACACCUUGAAAAUGCUGUUGGACUCAGGCCUGAGAGUGUGAGACCCCAGACACAGCCAGUAUGGAUGCCAAGAGGAAAGAGAUGGACCUGCUGAGCAACAGCAUCGCUGCUUAUGCUCACAUCAAAGCGAACCCAGAGAGCUUCGGCCUGUACUUCGUGAUCGGCGUGUGUUUCGGGCUGGUCCUGACCCUUUGCCUCCUGGUCAUCCGCAUCUCCUGCAAGCCGCGCAUUGUCACGGCGACAGCCCCACCCGAGAAGAAGCGGCUGAAGGACUUCAGCGAGGAGGAGGACGACGAGAGCGAGGAAGAGGAGGAGGAGGAAGAGGAGGACCCUGAGGCCCCUGCGCCCACCACCGAGAUCGCCAUGGGCAACCACAACCAGUCGGACGGCGCGCUGAGCGUCAACGUGUUCACGUCGGCGGAGGAGCUGGAGCGGGCGCAGCGGCUGGAGGAGCGGGAACGCAUCAUCAGGGAGAUCUGGAGGAACGGGCAGCCCGACAUCCUGGGCACCGGCACCGGCACCAUCGGGCGGGUCCACUACUACUGACCUCCGCUCUCACCCCCCACCCCGCGCCCCCGCACCCCUCCGGCACGGGAACGCUCUCGGGGGCCAACCCUGCUGCAUUUCACCCUCGCCUCCUUACCGGGGCUCUUCACAGUCAUCUGGAACAUGAUGCGGGCAUCAUUAGACAGUUGUGCUAUCUCUUUUGCUCCCUAGCGCCCACUACAGAUGACACACGGGAGUAGCACUCGGGCGUAGCCACGAGAGACUGUUACGACAUGCUGCACUCAAUCUCUGAAGGUUAGGGGCCAGUGGUGCUUUUGAAUAGGUGCUUUCUCUAAUUCCAGAUUCUGGCCCUGAAUCGUAGCGCGUGUUGUGUUAGAGGUAGUUCAGUAUACGGUUGGCAUGUGGUUGAGUGAGAUCUCAGUAGAUUAUGGGUUAUUGAUCGUUCCCCUGAGUUCAGGGCAGGCACUGCUCUACAGAAACACUAAGCUGGAGUUCAUCAGCUAUCUGAGAGGUUCCACAGCAUCGGGACACCACAAUGGUGCUGUGCUGUACCCUUAGGGACCAGCAGCAAUUUUGCAUAUCAGGUGAAGUGCCUUAGAAAAGCAUUUUUACAAUGAAUUGCCUUAUGUCAGAAAUCACAUGGUUUUUCACAUGAUGUUUUCUGACCUUGUAUUUUUUUUUUUUUUUUUAUAAAGAUCUGGGCUUUUUUUGUUGCUGUUCUAAGCUUGAAUCAAAAUGACAGUUGAAGUGGAGAGGUAUGCGUGCUGUCUGUAGCCAGGGACACUGUCAGCCCUGCUACAUGUGGUCUUCAUCUUCGUCUGUUGAUGAGAUGAAGUGACAGAAUUAUCCAGGACCUAAUUUAUUGACGCGUUAUAACACCAACCAGUGGCCUUGUUUUUAGUCACCGGAUAGUGGACUGGAUGUGAUUAUAAAACCAUCUAAACUGAAAACAUCUGUACUAAGACCAAAAUAUGUCCGCAUUUGUGCAAUAAGUGCAGUCCUAAUUGUAAAUUGAAAAAAAAAAGAAUAUAAAUGUUUUUAUUGUAAUUUUUUGUAUUUCAUAGCUUUAACAUUGCACAGAUUUAUGUUGUAUUGUACCGGUAUGUUGUUGAACUACUGGUUCUAUCUUUUUUUUUUUUCUUUGAAAAGGAAAGCAAAAUGCCAUAAGAAAAUCACCAAACCUGUUGGGUACAUAUCCCAGGGCCCUUGCUAAUCAAAAGAGGCAUCGUCCGCUCGUCAAAGCCUUUAAGAAGGGAUGCUGCUGCCGCAGCCGUGGUGAUGAAGCUACCCAAACCGAGGCUGCCUUCGUGAGAAGCCGUUGGCUGUAGCUGUUGAAUGUUAGCGCGCUGUCUCGCGGAUAUGUUCUUUUCAGAGCCGUGAAAGCAGAGGAGCGUGGUGUUGCGGUCGAGCCGCAGAGCAGAACGCAGUCUGGACCCAGGCAAAACAACACCACCAUCCCAGGCUUUGUGUGACUUCAGUCCAAACAAACACCAGCUGGGCCUUCCAGAUCCAGAACAUUCCACCCGUUCUUUUUCUAAUGUUUACCCACAACCCCCCAACCCCUGAAAAAAAGGUUCCUCUUUGCCUCUUGGAUCGCAGUGAGAUGGACCUUUUUCUUGGAGUAUUUGCAGAAGAGAAAACAUUUUCCCAGCCAGGGGGUAUUAAUAGACACUCCUUGGGCCUUUAUACAACCCCACUGGCUUUCAAAGGAGAAAAUAAAAGCACGCAGUUAGAAUACAGUUUAAGGGUGUUUGGAGCUGGUUUCAGAGUCAAACCUGGAGAAAGCAUUUGGACUGACAUACCAAGCGUUUAUGGAUCAUCCUUGUUCUUGGCUUGGAAUGUCUUGGAAAGAUAAACACUUUCAGAGAAUAGUUUUGAUUUUAUAGACAGUUUCAUGUUUCAGUGAGAUAUGUUUGUUUAAAUUCAGUGGUGCAGUCUGGAUAGCAUUUUAUGAAACAACCCAAGGUAUCCUCAAUUUAUAGAGAAGCAAACGCAGAUUUAUAACUAAAUGUAAGGUCCAGUUUUGUACUCUGGAGAAUGAUACAUCUAUGCAAAUGAUUGAUAUCUAGGUCUGGAAUAACAGAAUAGCAGAGCCGGUUCCAUUGGACAAAUAACAACGUGGUGUGCUAUCAUUUUAAGGCCAGCAGAAUGAAGUAACAAAUCAUGUGAAAAUAAAACAAAGCACCAUUAAAUUCAUGACCAAACCAUAGUGAGACAGCGACCCAUCUAUGUCUAAUUAUCGUGUGAACUGAAGUCACCUUUAGGAGCUCAACACUGGGACGUUGUCUCUGUAGGCAGACACAUCUUUCUGCUGACAUUUCAUCGAUUCCAGGUUUCUGUUCUUGAAAGCCUCUGCCUUUACUGCUAAUACAUUUAAAGCUCAUUUUAACUUAUGUGAGAUUGAAUGAGGGGUUUAUUCCGAGAACAAAGUGCUGGCUCUCCAAACAAAUCUUGGUGCACUUGUGUGAAAAUAUACAUGUCAGCGUGUGGCCCCCUUCCUAAAAUGGCAAACGGUUUGUUUUUUUGGCCGUCGAAACAACAGUCCCAAAGUCCGUCAGUUGAGCCGUGUAUGAUACCAGUGUAGCUUAGUACUUAUGUAACGGGGGGGAAGACAUUGAUUGGAAUGGGAGCAGCCAAGAACUUCCUUUACACAGCUGAGGGGUUUAAAGAACUCAUCACACUGGAGAAAGCAAGUUAAGGGCAUGUUUUCAUUGGGCCAAAGCCUGUUCGGCUAUAGAGCUGCAGGAAGAGUCGCGUCCAGUGAAGUCAAACCUGCUGUCUGUAUAUGGCAUUGAGGCAAGAAAGCUCUCCUGAAUCAUCUCAGUCAAAGAAGUGAUUCUGCUCUGAGGUGAUGAUGGGAGAGUGUGACUGCAAAGUUGAUUAAUUGAGUUGUAUGAGUCAGUGUUUGACAACACACGGUAGU